UUUGCCUUCAAGGAGGGGAGAUUUCUCGCCUGCCGCUCGCGCUGGGGCUCGAUGUGAAUAUAUAUUAUGUCUGCCUGUUCUCCCCUCGUCGGUGGCUAAGGUCAGCGGCUCCGAACAGACCCCGGGAGGAGGGGGGCAGAAAGGGGAGGGGGGGUCCGGCGCCUCACGUGACCCCCAGGGGUGCCAAUGUCCGGUCGUGAGGGUAUCAGGCCCUUGCAAGUUGCCACCCACUGCCCGGGUUUCGCCCAGCGAUGCAGAAAGCCACCUACUACGACAACGCCUCGGCCGCACUCUUCGGAGGCUACUCCUCGUACCCCGGCAGUAACGGCUUCGGCUACGAUGGUGCCCCCCAAGCCCCCUUCCAGGCCGCCACGCACCUGGAGGGUGACUACCAGCGCUCGGCGUGCUCGCUGCAAUCCCUGGGCCACGCCGGCCCGCACGCUAAGGGCAAGGAGCUCAACGGCAGCUGCCUGAGGCCGGGCCUGGCCCCCGAGCCCCUGCCCGCCCCGCCCGGCUCACCCCCGCCCAGCGCCGCACCUACCAGUGCCACUAGCAACAGCAGCCAUGGGGGCGGGUCCGGCAAAAGCGGCCCCCCCAAAUGCGGCCCCGGCUCCAACGCCACCCUCACCAAACAGAUAUUCCCCUGGAUGAAAGAGUCGAGGCAAACGUCCAAGCUGAAAAACAGCUCCCCCGGCACAGCGGAGGGCUGCGGUGGUGGUGGUGGUGGUGGUGGCGGCGGCGGCGGCGGAGGCGGAGGAGGAGGUGGCGGCGGCGGCGGCGGGGGCGGCAGCGGCGGGGGAGGGGACAAGAGCCCCCCGGGAUCGGCGGCGUCCAAGCGGGCGCGGACGGCGUACACGAGCGCGCAGCUGGUGGAGCUGGAGAAGGAGUUCCACUUCAACCGCUACCUGUGCCGGCCGCGCCGCGUGGAGAUGGCCAACCUGCUGAACCUCAGCGAGCGGCAGAUCAAGAUCUGGUUCCAGAACCGGCGCAUGAAGUACAAGAAGGACCAGAAGGCCAAGGGCCUGGCCUCGUCGUCGGGGGGCCCCUCCCCCGCCGGCAGCCCCCCGCAGCCCAUGCAGUCCACCGCCGGCUUCAUGAACGCCUUGCACUCCCUGACCCCCAGCUACGAGAGCCCGUCCCCGCCCGCCUUCGGCAAAGCCCAUCAGAACGCCUACGCGCUGUCCUCCAGCUACCAGCCCUCCCUCAAGGGCUGCGUCGCCCCGCAGAAAUACCCGCCCACGCCGGCGCCCGAUUACGAGCCCCACGUUCUCCAAGCCAACGGGGGCGCCUACGGGACGCCCGCCAUGCAGGGGAGCCCGGUGUACGUAGGCGGGGGCGGCUACGUGGAUCCGCUGCCGCCCCCUGCCGGCCCCUCCCUCUACGGCCUCAACCACCUUUCCCACCACCCCUCGGGGAACCUGGACUACAACGGGGCGCCCCCGAUGGCCCCCAGCCAGCACCACGGACCCUGCGACCCCCACCCCACCUACACAGACCUCUCCUCUCACCAUGCGCCUCCUCCUCAGGGUAGAAUCCAAGAAGCGCCCAAGUUAACACACCUGUGA